CUUUGACGCGCCAAGCCUGGGUUUAAUCCAGCGUUUGAUGCGAGAUGCGAGUGCGACACCUCCAGACUCACCUUCAAGAUCAGGGCCUAGUGAAUUCCAGCAAGCUCAAUGAGCUCCGCGGUGUCCAUGUGGGGGUCGAUGCGGUUUUCUGGCUUCGAUCCAUUCAAGCCUUGAAGGAUCCCUUUGCCGAUGCCCUGGGGGGCAUCCCUCCGGGGAUCUUUGGCUUCGUGGACAAAGAGUUGGAUUCCUUUAAAGAGUAUGGAAUUACUCCACUCUUCAUUUUUCAGGGUGUGGCACCAGGACCACAGCACUCCAUGUUUGCCAACCGCAUGGAUCAACAGAUGGACAUGGCCUGGAACCACUUGGCGCGUGGCGAAAAGUCCCUGGCGCAGAAGUGCUUCGCGGUCUCCACCAGCCGAAUCAAUGGCGACUUCGUGUAUUUCAUUUUCCACCACUUGAGACACCGCGGCUAUGAGUGCAUCCAAGCCCCGUACUUUGCGGGUGCGCAACUGGCACAUUUUGCUGAGCAAGGUGUUGUACAGACCAUUUUUGGGCCACCAGGUUUGCUCUUGUAUGGCGUGAAAUCUGUGGUGAUUAUGCUGAACUUUGGUCAGCAACACUUCGAUUGGGUGGACCUUGAUAGCGUGUUGAGCAAGUGGCAGUUGUCCUGGGAUGAAUUUGUCGACGCUUGCAUGCUGGCGGGCACUGAAUACUGCUUGACCUAUCCCUAUCUGAACCUCAGAGAUUUCCAGCCGGCGCAAGCGCGAUUCAACUUCGAUGCCGUUGUGUACAUCAUCAAGCAGUCGCCCUUGAUCAACUGGAUGCAAGCUUUUCCCACGGAUGACAUGAAAAACGACCAUGUGGACGGCUAUUGCAUUUGCAAGGUCUUGGUGCAAAACAGCCCGGUCUAUCACCUUUCAGACGUGUCCAUUCGUCCGCUGGGCGCCACCAGCAAGACGCCCUCCGCCGCAGUGCCGGAAGUGCCCGCGGACUUCUCCUCCAUCAUGGGCAGCAAGCUGCCCCCGAGCUUGUACUACUUGAUGUUGCAUGGCAUCAUUUCCCACAAGUUGCCUCAAGCCUUGGCAAAGGGAGAAUGGACCGACAAGAGCCAGCCCCUGGUCGAUACGAAUGAGUUUCGAACCUUGCUCAGAGACUUGGAAGAUUAUCGCAAAGUUGCUUUAGGUUUGAUUGCCCAGUAUCUACACCCCAGCUUCCAGACGAAGCAAAUUCUUUGUAAGGCCUACUGGGAACACAAUAGCAUUCGACAAGCCCUGAGCACCGAUCCCAAGCUCCCCGAGGGUGCCCGCGUGAUCCAGCCCGAGAUCACCAAGGGCCUCCGGUGGAAGAUCUCCGGCAGUGCCGUGAAGAAAGAGAUGCAGCGACAAGGCGUCACAAAGGUGGACUUCAAGUUUUGUCUCAACUGGCACGCCUACGAGUUUGAGAACGACGGGCCCCUGCUGCGAGGCAUCAACUUAGUCGGACCCUGCACCUUCGACUCGGACCUGCACUCCUUGAGUGCCUUGGUGCAUUUCAUGCUCCUCGAGAAGCUGGACUUCAUCUCUCCCGAGGACGGAAAUGCCACCGUACUCAGCGAUUUGCUGAAGGAGACGCCGGCCAAUCUGACGGAGCCCUGCUUGACGGCCCUGGAGCUCAUGAAGUUCGGACGUCUCGACGGUGAACCCUUCGAGACCGCGCAACCGGAGAAGCCUUUCCCGGAGGAUGUGAAGUACCCUGUUGCCGCCAACCUCUCGCAACCUGAAAGGGAUGCCAAAUGUGGGAAGUUGCUCCUUUGCCGCGUGAUGUCUUUGGUGCCGAUGAAACUUAGGCACGUGAUGUGGGACAGCGACGUGGACUUCGACCUGGCUGCUUUCCACUCCUUGGUCCGGGCGCUGAAGCGUCGCUUGGUCCAAGUUGUCAAGGUCGGCGAACCAGGGGGCCCCUUGGAUCCCCUUGGUCUACCGAGUUCGUUCGAACUAAGGCCUAGCAUGGCUCAGCAAUCAUCGUGA